AUGAAUCCAAAGGAAGGAUUAUCAGUAUCAUUGUAGAAAUUCCAUCGUAAAAGUGCUUAAUCUACUACUGAUGAUUCUUAAAUGGCUCUUCCUGAAUUAAAAGGUAGAAGUCUUAAAAGUGCUACUCCUAAGCUUCAUAAUAAUAAACCUUUGUAGCCUCCUUUAAGAUACUAUAUAAACGAAAGUGUAUAAUAGAGAGUAAAAAUUAUACAAUAUUUAGAAAAGGAGUGAAAAUCAUUCAGAUUACACAUACAUUGAAACUUAUUUAGAAGCUUUGUAACGAUAUGCUUAAGAGGAGAAAAAGAAAAAACAAAUUCAAACUUUAUCAAUAAAUAGUUUUCCUAUAUUACCUGGUUAAGUCAUGAGAGAAAGAAUAAAAAAAUAUGCAGAAAUUUAACAAAGAGAAGUCUUAAGUAUCUAAUGAUUUAAUAUAAGAGUAUUUUGUAAGAAAAGAAUAACAACCAAAAAAACCUAUUUCUACAGCUUUAAGUAUAAUGAGUUAAAAGAGUAUAGUUAGUUAAGGAAGUAAAACAGAUGUCUUAUCAAUUUCAAUACCAAUAAGUUCUAAAAUAAAACACAAAGUUAGUUCUAAGAAAUGGGCUAUUUUUAAAAGAAAUAAAGGAGAAAUAAAUUUUUAAAAAAUAUAUGCAUAUUAAGAUCAUUAAAAAAGUGAGGUGGCAUCAAUUACAAAAGUGAUGACUUGUUAUACAACUUUGAAAUUUUUAGAAGAAAAACGAAUUGAUAUGGAAUCUAUACGAAUAAAAAUACCUGGACAUGCUGAAUGUAUAGAUGGUACUAGUGCCUUUUUAAAUGCAGGAGGUAUUAUGAAUGUAAAAUAAUUAUUAUUUGCAAUGAUGUUACCAUCAGGAAAUGAUGCAGCAUUAGUAUUAAGUUAUGCAAUUGCAUUUUUAAAAACUUGUGAUAAUAUUCAAAGAUAUUGUAAUGGACAUUAUAUUGAUUGUGAAUUAGAAAUAGAAAAAAAUAAAUUUUAAUUAAGAACUUAAUUCUUAUAGAUGAUGAAUAAUCAUGCUGAAAAUUUGAAAAUGGAUAAAACUAAUUAUAAUUCAGUUCAUGGAUUAAAUGACACUUUAAAUGUCUCAUGUGCAUUAGAUAUAUUUAAAUUAGUUGAAGAAUGUAUUAAAAUUAAAGAAUUUAUGGAAAUUGUUAAUACAAGAUGUUUUAAGACUUAUGCAAUUACUGAAUAAGGAAAUUAAGGAACUUAUUAUAAAUGGAAAAACACAAAUAAGUUAUUGAAAAAAGAAGGAUGGGAAGGAAUCAAGACUGGAAUCACAUCAAAUGCUGGUCCAUGUUUUAGUGGAUAUUAUAAAACUGAUGAUUUUGAUGCAAUUGUGAUAGUCUUACAAAGUUCAAAUAUGCUUUAAAGAUUUAAAGAUGCUGAAAUUCUGAUAAAGUUAUUGUGA